AUUUUCCAGUUCUUUAUGUUAUGACACUAGUAAUAACAAGUGCAAUUUAGACCUGAAAGAUUAGGAUUGAAUCAAAAUUGUGAAUAUGGAGAAUGUUCUUGAAAGUCAACGAGUGAUAACCGAACAACUAACGGACUUGACUUCUCAGUUGCCUCAAAUCGGUACAGAAGCAGGUUCUGGAAAUAUUACACUUCAACAAAACUUCGUCACAAUUGACAGCGGAAACAAAAACGAGUUUAAUAUUUCUAGCUGCCCGAUACAAACUGUUGCUGGUGGUGGCGUCAUAGAUAGGGAGAUUCCCGCAGGUACAUCAAGAACAGGCAGCGUACGUGAAAAAGAUACUGCUUUGAUGAAACAAGCAAUUGAAGAAGUAAUUGAAGCAAUAGCAGUGAAACGAAAAGUAAAUGCCAUUUACAGCCAUCAGAAUCACGAUACACCCGUUGUAACCCCCAGGCUAUCUAAGGUGUCUUUCUACGAAGGGGGUUUUCUGCCCGAUGGUGACGUCUAUACGCCAUCUACCGACCGCUCUUUAAUUGGUGGACAAGGAGACUUAACUUUCGAAGAACUUAUUCAGUUAUGGAAAGAAAAACGAUACAUCGCAUUAAUAGGGGAUCCGGGCUGUGGAAAAACAGUGUUAUCAGAUCGUUUAGAAACUCGCUGCGGGUGCGUGUGUUUCCAUUUAAAGUUUAUGAACCUAAACUACGACAGUGCAACACUGAUAACAUUAAAGGAACUUCUGUUGGAUUUCGCGCACCCUGAGUUGGACCAACACACCAGGGACCUAGCGUUUGAAUGGGUGAUGAAAAAUCAGUCGAAAUGCUCAAUAAUGUUGGAUGGGUACGACCAGGCUCGUUGGGCCAUGAAAGAAAAUCCCCCAAAAGUAUCCUACGUCACAAAAUCUUGCGUGAGUGACGUCAUAUCAAAUUUAUGCUGCGGGAACUUUUUACCGAUGACGCAAGUGCUGGUGACGUCACGACCUUACAUGAUGUUGCCAUUACCGAUUCGAUUACGACCUCAUACCACUGUGUAUAUUCAGGACCUAAACUUUAACGACAUGAGAGUGCUGUUUCAUCGCAUUGCUGGUGCCAAAGCUGAGGUACUGUGGGAUACGAUAAACAAGAACGCACCACAGUUAUUAUCACUAUGUUUGAACCCGCUGAUGCUAAACUAUACGGUGAACGCCUAUCUUUCACAAGAGGACACCAAAAUCGACGUCAUCACAACUUCGACGCAACUAUUUUCUACAGUGCUGGAAAUGCUACGGCGGUCAAAGCACACGAAGCAUGCUGAUAUAACAAACUUACGAGAAAAACUCGGUCAAAUCGCGUAUAAAGCUACACGUGCAGGCACAGUGCUUAUAACUGAUAGAGAAAUGAAGGCUCAAGGUCUUGAUGCAAGUUUAGUACAAGACGUUAUGGUUUGUGUAAUGGGAUACCGUGGGUGUACAGACAAGCUGUAUGAUGACGACACUCUGCUUUGCUUUUCGCACCAAUGCUUGCAGGAAUAUUUAUCAGCGCAUCAUAUUGUAUUUGAUAUGGCUUUUGGUGACUUUAAGAAGUUUGUGAAAGAGAAGCUGGAUACUGAUCAUUGGGCUGUGGUGAGAAGGUUCGUUUCUGGAUUGUUGAUUGACAACAAACGAUACAAAGAGAAACGAGUAAUCAUACGACGACGACUUAAUAUUCCUAGACCAGAGGCGUUGUACAGAUUCCGAGCGGCUCGAAAACUAAAGGGAGACUGGUAUUUACAAAACACGCUGUCGAAAUACAGAAAACUAUGUGCACGCCAAGACCAACGCCCGAAAGAUUCUACAAAGAAAAGGAUUCUCGACAUAAUGAUGCAAGGGCGGGAGUUUAACAGCCGAGAGAUCACCAAGUACAUGGCAAGCUGCUUUCCUUCCAUCAACGCCAACUUCAGUUUUACGUCGCUUUCUAUCAGCGAAGCUCAUGCUAUAGGGCUGAUACUACGCCAUGUUUCGAAAAAAGUCUUCAGAUUAGGAUUCUACAAUUGUAGUAUGGAUUCGAACGCUUUCGUGCAUAUCUGUGACGCAAUAAUUAACAUGAGAGGAACGGUUGAUGAAAUGUACAUAAUGUGCAACAACCUCAGUUCCGUAGAAGACAUAUGUAGGAUCUUAGUGAAGAUAAAUUGCCGCCUUACAAUGUGGGGGUGUUUUAACGACGAAGCAGGAGGUAUGGGACGUAAUGCAAACGAGCAUGAACAAAGACUUCUACAGCAAAGCUUGAACUCAAUCGUCUCCACGGAAUUGGAAAUUGAUGUCGGCACACAUAUAAUUCGUCAAACAAUCCGUCGUAAAACGGUGCAUUCGUUUAUUACACCCCACACCGCACAAACAGAUAGAGAGGCUCAAUCAUUAAGUGCCAUAAUUGAACGGCAGUGUACGGCACCUUCGUAGAAGAGUUUCAGGGGUUUGGGUACGAUCCCCGGCGCUGCUACCACUUUGUGCAAUCGCAGCUUAUUUAUUCAAGAGGAAAUGGGUCCGAGUCCCUGCUAUUAUUGUGGGCGUAUGCGUGCUUUGGGAAAGACAUUAGCAGGAGUUGCUUUAACCCAAUAAUGGUUACUAAUAGGUUGCCGAAAGUGGCAUGUACGUGGUAACUUACAGCGGGCACGAAGCGUAUGAAACAGAGCACCCGUGUUAUAACAACUGUUGUUGCCCUGUCAUGCAAGGAUAAACUAGUUCCAUAUAUACGUGGUAACUGGUAAGCUAACACGAGGCGUAUGAAACAGAACACGCGUGUUAUAACGACUGUUGUUGCCCCGUCAUGCGAGGAUAAAUUAGUUGCAUUUACUUACUUACAAAUACGGACGUCUUUCUAAAAAAAGCCUUUGCAUUUUAGUUGGAAUUAUAUUUAUUUAAAUGAACAUUUAUACACAUCAUGUCGAAUCUCACACAUGCGGUAUAUACUAAGGGAACUUUGUAGCAUUUUUUUAUUUUAUUUACCACCAAAUAGGACGAUAAAAGAAAAUAAAAACAAAGUUUAUCUU